AUGUCUGACUCAGAGGCAGCCCAUUUCGUUGAGGGCUAUGGUAUUGCUGGCUAUGGCUACUGUUGGAUUUUUGUCAUGCUUCCCUACUACAACCCCAAGAACCCCUGGGCACUGGAAGACGGUGGUUGUAGUUACGUGAGUUUCUUCGAGAUUACCAACGAGACGGUGCAGCAAUCUCAGAGUGAAACACCUCCGCCCAGUGUCCAGCUCUUCAGGAGGUUCUGCGAAGGACCUGCCGGAUUCCCCGGAUGUCCCUUGGAUCAUCCUGACAGGAGUAUGUCCCGACGCAGAGAUUUGAGCAAGUUCAAGGACAUGGACUCCGGCCUCCUGCGAGCCGCGGGCUGGUGUUUAAACCAAGCUGAGCUGGGUGUCCCAGAAUUUCUUCAUCAGUUCAAUGGGAAGUCCUUCGUGAUCGCCGACAGUGGUUAUGUGAUCAAAGACACCCAUGGGGAGUGGCUGGAAGUGGGCUUCGACGUGCGCAAGUUUCCCUUUUUAUUUGUUGAAGUGCUGUACAACUUUCGUGACUUCAUUCCAAAGGCGAAGUGUCACUAUGGUUUUACUGUGCAGGCAGUCGAGGACGAAGACAUGCCUGAGGGGAUCAUUUGUGAUGUAUACAUGUCGGGCAUUAACAUUCUGGAUGACCCCAUUGAAAUUGACGUUUAG